AUGGAAAAUAUCAGAAUUGUGCUGAGCGAAGAUCUGCGGGGGGGAAGAGUGCACACAGAUCUUCAGGAACUCUUAAAGGAGGAGGAGGAAAAGGACAAGAAUGAAACAGCGUAUGGGAAGAUGCUCCAGGGGGGUUCUUUCCAAGAGGGUCACUCCCAAAUGGAUGGUGAAGGAAGGACACCCAUUUUGGAGCAGCACACCUGCCACAUUUAUACAAAUUUCCCCUACAAAUCUCACUUCGUGAAGAAUCACGAAAGGAAGAACCAAGAGGAUGGUUCUAAUAGGUACAUGGAGGACAUGGAUCUGAGUGGAUACAACCAAGUGGAGGAAACUCCCGGACCAACUGAACUCCAACUGGCGUUGAUACUUGUCCUUAUCGACGAACGUUAUGUCGAAAACGAAUGCCCGUUUUUACGAACCUCCAUUUUGAAUAAAAUAGAAAAGAUACAAAAAUCAUAUGAUCACGUUAAGAUCAUUUGUCUCUUCAUAGGAGUGCGUGAGUACAUAAGCAGAAUGAACUUCAACAGGGAGGUUAAUGCAUCGUUCGACAAGGGGGGUAGCGUAUCCUUAGACGGGAGUAUCCCUGAGGGGGGAAGACUCAACCCAUAUGAUGGAGAACACUCCAGGAUAAACGAAAAAAUGCUCGAUAGACUCAUCACAACACUACUUGUUCGUUACCAAGUGGACUCCAUCGAAAUGGAAAAUGAAAAAUACCUGCACAGGUUUAUUUUUAAGUGUUGCCAAUAUCUGUACAUGUCCAAGGUUCGGAAGGUCAAUUCAUAUUUUAAGGUGAAGCCUGCUGGACUCAGCCAGUUGAAGUUUUCACAAUUGAACGAGGAAAUAUGUAACCAGGAAAACUUGAACCAGGAUAGGUUAAACCAGAGCAGGCUGAGCCCGGCCCCCCCCGGGACACUUUCUGAACGCAGACAUUUUUCCACGUGGAUCUCACAGUUAAUGCAAAUCAACGGCCUAUCCGAAGAUGCCUCCAUAAACAUCGCCCAGGCCUUCAAUACCCCCUUCGACUUAAUUAUGCACUUCAAAAAAAAAGGCGAUGAAGAGUGCUUACGUGACUUUAUCAUUAGUUCGUCCUACGGGGAUCGACGCUUGGGCAAAGCUCUCUCGCGCAAAGUGUUCCGCGUUUUUUCCCCCGAUGCGCAUCCCGACAACUAUGUUUCGUAG